AUGAAUAGCAGCUUGUGUUGUUUAGGUAGCAGCAUGACCAAAUACACUGAAAAACUAGAAGAGAUAAAGAGAAAUUACAGAUACAAGAAAGAUGAACUCUUCAAAAGACUGAAAGUGACGACAUUUGCCCAACUGGUGAUCCAGGUUGCUUCUCUUUCUGAGGCAAACUCAGAAGUACCGUCUGAAGAAACACAAAAGCUAGAUGAAGGUGAUGCGGCUCCUGCAGAGAACAGUGCUGAUGUCGUAGCGGAAACGAACGGCAAAGUCAGCCCCGGAGAGAAGCCAGCCAGCCCCAUCCUGUUCAUCAACAACACCGGUGCCGGGGAGGCUUAUCGCUCGACCCUGCAGAGUGUGAUCAGUGGUGUUGGUGAGCUGGACCUGGGAAAAGACACCCCAAAGAAAACGGAAACGAGUGUGAAAGAGGGACCCUAUCCUGACUGCCCCUAUCUGCUGUUGGAUGUGCGUGAACGGGAGGCCUACGAGCAGGGCCACAUCGUGGGAGCGUACUCCUACCCCAUUGCCACCCUAUCCAGGACCAUGAACCCCUAUACGAACAACAUCCUGGAAUACAAAAACGCUCACGGGAAGAUCAUCAUUGUCUAUGACGACGAUGAGAGGGUGGCCAGCCAAGCGGCCACCACUAUGUGCGAGAGAGGCUUUGAGAACUUAUUCAUGCUCUCUGGAGGCCUCCGGGUUGUCGUUCAGAAGAUCCCAGAAGGCUUGAUGACGGGCUCCUUUCCUGCGUCUUGCCUGUCGGCCAGCCAGCCGGGGACCACCCGGAAAAAAGCCACGCCCAGGCAGCCCUCGCCCCCGCCGGCUGAGAACAAGUGGAGAUUUACAGCCGAGGAUCUGCAGAAGAUCCAGCGCUACCUAGAAGAGGAGCACCUUCCUUUGGACUCUGCCAGCCGCCUCAGUCGUGGUUCUUCAGCUCGUGAUACCAAGGCCACGGCUGUCAAGAGCAGCCAGAAUCUAGCCACCACCAACUCUGCCGUGGCCCUGAGCGCCCGCUCCCUCAGCAGCACCAGCUUGCAGAACAAGCCGUGGAGAUAGCCUGUGUCUCUUUUUUUCACUGAAUAAACGAGAGCCCCCUUCCCGGGGCCCUUUGAUCACUACA